UUUAUGACGUCACACCGCCAGCCGCGGCUCGGAGUGGAGCUGAGAGGAUGAAGAUGAAGAUCAGAGAGAAGAUUCACACACUGACUCAGGGUUAGUGACGUAGGCGGGGCUGUGGAUCAAAGGAUGGAGUGUUCAGACGAGGACCAGCCUGACGAGGUGUCAGAAGGUCAGAGCUGCGGUGCUGAAGGUCACGUUAAAUCUCCAAAGAGACGACGAGAGAUGAAGAGAAGUCGGCGGAGGGCGAACGGGGCGGAGCAGUCGUGCUCCGGGAGCGAGAGGAGAGGACACGCAGAGUCACAUGACGCGCCUGAGGCGAGCGAGAGCGCCACCAAGAGACAGGACAGGUGCAGACGAGCUCACUUCCUCCACGGCCCGUAUCCCAGCACACACUUCGGACCCAAAGCCUGCAUCCUACCCAACCCAACCUCCAUCAUGCACAUCCAGGAUCCGGUGAGUCAGAGGUUGGUGUGGAACAAGCCGCCACUCAACGUGUUGGUGAUCCGCAAGAUCCGAGACGAGAACCUGCUGGAGCCAUUUAAGGAGCUGUGCAGCUUCCUCGUCCAGGAGAAACAUCUCAGUGUGUAUGUGGAGAAGAAGGUGGUGGAGGACGGAGCUCUGAUUGCAGACACCUCGUUCUCCAGCAUCAGGAGACAACUGUGCACCUUCAGAGAGGGCUUUGAUGAUAUCUCAGACUGUAUAGAUCUGAUCAUGUGUCUGGGCGGAGACGGUACACUGCUGUACGCAUCAUCACUCUUUCAGGGCAGCGUCCCCCCCGUCAUGGCCUUCCACCUGGGCUCGCUUGGCUUCCUCACGCCCUUCAAGUUCGAGUCGUAUAAGACCGAAGUGGACAAGGUAUUCGCAGGUAACGCGGCUGUGGUGUUGCGUAGUCGUCUGAAGGUGAAAGUGCUCAAAGGAUCACUUCAGAGAGACCAGGAGAACGGCAGUGUUACACACACACACCCCAACCCGGUCACACUGCAGCUUCAGGUGUUGAAUGAAGUGGUGGUGGACAGAGGUCCCUCCUCCUACCUGUCCAACGUUGAUCUGUACCUGGAUGGACGUCUCAUCACCUCUGUUCAAGGAGAUGGUGUUAUCGUGUCGACACCCACAGGAAGCACGGCGUAUGCGGCGGCAGCAGGAGCGUCCAUGAUCCACCCCAACGUUCCCGCCAUCAUGGUCACGCCCAUCUGCCCUCACUCGCUCUCCUUCAGACCAAUCGUGGUGCCGGCCGGGGUCGAGCUCAUGAUCGCGCUUUCUCCAGAAGCUCGGAACACGGCAUGGGUCUCUUUUGAUGGCAGGAAGAGACAGGAAAUUCAACAUGGAGACAGCAUUAAGAUCACGACCUCGUGUUACCCGCUUCCGUCUCUGUGCUGUCACGGUCUGGUGUACGACUGGUUCGAGAGUUUAGCCGAGUGUUUACACUGGAACAUCCGCAAGAAACAAGCACAACUGAGCGACGCAUCGGACUCCACUGACACCGACACCUGACACACACACACACACACGUUGUCUGUGUAAAUGUGCUGCUGAAUCAUUAUACUUUGCUUAGUGUAUUUAUGUUAAUUAUUUGCUAGUUGAUGUGACAUUCCAGUGUGUGUGGCUCAGUGUGAAACAGCGCCUCCCUGUGGACAGACUUCUGCACUGUCACAAAUACACUUGUUCAUACUUAGAAUGUAGGUGUAGGAUAAGA